AAGUUUGCUUUCGAUAGCUAUCACAAACGUGGGUCGAGGAAGGUAACAUUUUUCAAGGAGGAUAUCCCUGAGGGAUUAGUUCAUUUCGGGUUCAUGAACGAAUCCACUGAAAUGUAUGCUAGCAAAGGAAUGGGGCGAACAUUGUCAUUUCUCCACCUCAGCCUACAGGAAUAUCUGGCAGCUUGGCACCUAGCUAGUAACUACAGCAUUGAGUUUCAGGUGGCUUAUCAUUGGCUGUCUGUUAGUACAGAAUAGUUAAAAUUUCAUCAGCCUCUCAUACACAGAGUAAACGAAGAGAGGAGCUCAAUAAUCAUCACUUGAGCACCAGGAGUCAUCGCUAGUGGAGCCAGCCAUAUUCCUGGCUGGUAUCACUGGCUGGAGAUGCCAGUCAGAGGAUGACAGGAACCACUGGGAGAUGUAUCUCAGUCAUGACACUGCA